AAACGGACUAACACUUAAACAGUGGAAUAACAGACAAACAAGAUUGUCAGACAACUAUUUGAACAAGGGCCCCUAGAGUAAGACUUACCCUCCCCCCACAUGAAAAUCAAGCUCCACCCCUGACUGUUAUCAUGGUACACUGUCGGGAUACAGUUUGUGUCUCAAGAGACAAGCAGACUAAACAGGACCACAACACACGUGACCUAGAAAUUAGAGGCAUUGUCCUGGGGUUUGGUCACAGCUUUUCCAACUGUGUAACAACUUUUUUCAGUCAUAACAUCACACCAUUCAUAUUAAUCAACGCAGUAUAAGGGAUACUGCAUUGCUGAAAGCAUACAGUACUUGGACUGUAAACGACAAACCCGUCCUAUUUGUUAGGAACUUUAAAAGGAAGCGUUGUGGUUAGCAGCAAUAUUAUUUGGGAAGUCUGGCUGAUCACCCUUUGGGUUCUCAAGAAAGGAAGUUUAAGAUGUCCUGAUGAUAUUGCAUCUUUGAAUCGUCUGCUGCAAAACAUUCUGAAGAUUGUUAUUGAGUUACUUUUUCACAGCAUAAACUUGGACUGCUUUGCACAAUUCUAAACCAUGUUUAUCCAGAUUGUGUGCGCUCUUGUUGCUAGACUGCUUUUCAUUCUUCACUCUUUGAUAGCAGUUGGCCGGGUUAUUUUUGUUAAACAUUCUUGGUAUUCAUUUCUUACACUUCUUAUCCUGCCGCUUGUAAUUGAAAUGGUCAUAACUCUGAAAAGGAGGCGAGGCAAAGAUUACAAAUGGUUUUCUCCAGCAAUCCUGUUUUAUCUGAUCAGUGUAAUCCCAUCCAUUUGGAUUUUGGAGGAUCACUAUUACCACUACGAUAUAAAAGACACUAUGAGUCUAACAAAGUGUCAACAAUUGGAUAAACCCAACAUACCUACAAAUCCAGGAAGUCAGACUGGAGGAAUUCCACACCUUGACAAGGGUCUUCAACUGCUGAACUCCACAUGCUCUGAUGCUUGGAAAUUAGGACUUCACCAGACUUUAUUGUUGACACUGAUCAUCGGAAAGUGGCUUCUUCCAACUGGAAUUGGCAUCUCCAAGGACCAGUUGUCACAGCUCCUGCUUAUCUUUGUUGGGAUUGCAGCGGAUAUACUUGAAUUCACAAGUGAGAUGCUUUCUGAGGAAAAAGUCAAGACAAACACAGUUCUGGUGUAUACGAUUCUUGCUGUAUGGACAUGGAGUAUGUUACAGUUUCCUCUUCAUGUUGCAGUAAUAAACACAGAGUCUUCAGAUGCCUGCCAAAACCCACCAUCUUCAUCGCUGCUGUCCACCCACUUGGCAGACAUAUGGAACAUAAUAAUAAGCCUCUUUAUACACGAUGGUCCGUUCUUUGUAGUGCGCAUGGUGGUGAUGUUCUCAUACGGAGUCAUACACCAGAUGCUGGUGUUCUUCACUAUUAAAAACUGUUUGGUGGUCACACUACAGCUAUACCGCCUAUACGUGAUUAUUGAAGACUACCGGACUUCUAACUAGAGAAGCAUGAGUACCAGAGGA